UACUCGUUUCAGGUGUCCAUUCUGAGCGCAAGCCGCGGCUUGAGAAAGGAUCAUACAACCGCUAUAAAGGGCGAGGACAGAAGCGAAGUUCUCAUGAAGAAGCGGACUGCAAAUCUAGCCGACAUCCUCGCCACUCAACUUAUAAACAACAGCCGGAUGGUACAAAACCACACCUGGAAAAGCGAACACAAUACCGGAUUAUUGAGCACACAGCUGACGACGCUUCAUUAACUUGUUGACAUGAACGCUUACCGUGCAAAACAUUUGUCUGGAGCUCACCGGUAACAUUUUCGUGUCUCAAAUGACACGCAACAUUCUGACUCUGCGCUCUGCAUUACGAUCUUGAUCUCUAAGGAGGACACCAAUGCCAGGAAUCAGUGCGAGCGCGUCGCGAAUUAAGAAGUGGGAGAUGGAGGAAUACGACCAAUAUCAGCACUAUUUCUACGACGACCACAACUUGGAUGAGGACUUUUUCAAAUCGACCGCACCGAGCGAGGACAUUUGGAAGAAAUUCGAGCUCGUGCCAACCCCGCCCAUGUCGCCUGUCAGGAUACUGGAAGGUAGCGGUCCAUCUCCGGGGGACAGGCUGGAGUGGGUGUCCCAGUUUUUGGGACAGGACGACGAGCAGGAGGGGCUGUGCAAACUCAAUGCGGAGGAGACUCUGGAGAACCUGAGCUCCAUCAUAAUUCAGGACUGCAUGUGGAGCAGUUUCUCCGCAAGUCAGCAGCUGGAGAAAGUUGUCAGCGAGCGGCUGUCCUGCUCGGCGCAGUCCAAACUCUCCGGCAAGGCGCAGUGCGUCCCUGCGGACGUGCCUGCUCUCAACAGCUUGGCGACAGAUUGCGUGGAUCCAGCAGCUGUCCUUACUUUCCCCCUGAGCAGCAGCUGCAAGAAACAGGUGUCGUCCGGGUCAGAAUCUCGCACCGACUCCUCUGAUGACGAAGAGAUUGAUGUGGUGACGGUGGAACAUAAACAGAACAAGUCUCGUUUGGUGAACGCCCGCAAGCCAGUGACCAUCACCGUUCGUGCAGAUCCGCACGACCCCUGCAUGAAGCGUUUCCACAUCUCCAUUCACCAGCAACAGCACAACUAUGCCGCCCGCUCUCCUGACAGUUAUCCUGAAGAAGAGCCGCCCCGCAAGAAAAUCCGUCAAGAAAUCGUACAGCCACGAUUGGCUUCAACACCUCAAACCCCAGAACGAAAAAGUCCAUUACCUUCCCCAUCAGUCCCUGCUCAGUCUCCAACUGUCUCUGCUUCGCCAACACAUACAUCCUACCACCUCAAAUCACAACCAUCCAGCCCGCAGAGUUCGGACUGUGAGGACACAGACAAGCGGAAGACGCACAACUUUUUGGAGCGCAAAAGACGAAAUGACCUUCGCUCACGCUUUUUGGCACUACGGGAUGAAAUCCCAGGCCUGGUUGAUUGUCCAAAGACACCCAAAGUUGUGAUCUUGACUAAGGCGACAGAGUAUCUCCGUACGCUGCAUGUCAGCGACAGACAGAAGGCCCAGGAGAAGAAGCAGCUGAAAAGCAAGCAACAGCAGCUACUAAGGAGACUCGCGGAACUGAAACGUGCAUAAAUCUCAACCAGUCCAGCCAUGUUUUCAAUAGGAACAAUUUAGAGCUGCAUUUAUUAUUAUUUUUUUUUUGUAAACAUGGGGAUAUUUAACGGAGUAGACUCUAUAUUUUGAGAUUAGUUCUUCAGUUUUCGUUCUUUGCACAUUUGCCUUCGCAGUUGUCGGGGGAGGGGAAAGACAUACUUACGGAAGCUGAGGUACUGGUGGACCCUACCAAGUUUCAAACACUUUUCCAAAGAGGUCGUUUUCAUUUGUAAUUCAAAGAUUUAAAUCCUGAAUGUGUUUAAAUUUGUGCAUUUAUGCUAAAGUAUUUGGGCGGGGAAGUAAUAUUUCAUUAAAUUAGCAUGCCAAUUUAGGCAUUAUUUGAAAUGUAGCAAUUUAUAUGCAUGUGUAAUUGAUCGUCAAGGGUUUUUUGGAGGCAGAAUCUUAAAUUAGUGUGGUUAAAUAUUGAAAUUCUCCAUUUAUAGUGCUUUGUUACUCAAAUAAACCUAAAAUUAAGGAGAGCUGUGCGCCCCCAUUGCCACAUGAUGACAGUAAGUUUAACAGACAGGAAGUUGCAUCACUGUUACUUUGUUGCAUUAAGUUCCAUGAUUAUUUUCUCUCUCUGUUUUUGUUGUUCUUGUAUAUUAUUCUUAUCUUGAACCUUCAGGACCGUGUCCAGCACAGCCUUGCAGUGUAUAUAAACUGUGGCAUAUUCUUUGGACAUAUGUGUAUAUAAUAACAGUAAUGUACAGGACAUUGUGUAAAAAAAGAAACAUGCUUUUGUGUUUUGAAUAAGAAAAUCAGCACUGUUAAUAGACUUUAUUUUCUAUUUUUCUGUCAUUUGUCCUAAAACUCGGUUGGCCCACCCGCCUUCCCAGGAGUAUCUCAAAGUUUCUAUUUUUGUUAAGAAAAUUAAAAAAGAAAAAAAUCAAAAAGUUAAAUAACACUAUCAUUUCAUUUUCAUCACUAGCCACUUUAUGCUGUUUUCACUGCCUAUUACCUUGUGUUCUGAAGUUGCUUUUGGCUUGUUAUAGCUCUUGUGGCAGAAUAAAUGCUGAAAGAAGUUUUGUACUAAUUAUAUUUUCUUACGGAAUUGAUUGUAUCAUUGUUUUGAUUCUAUUUAAUAUGGUGGUACUGGUGGCGUAUGCUUGCUUUGGACUUUAUAAUUUGACGUUUACGCACACUGUCAUUUUGUAGAAACUAAUAACAUAAAUAAGGGCAAUGUUUCACAGCAAUCACCAAUAAUUGAUUGAGGUGAUUUCUCUUUGUACAAACUCUGGCCAUAAAAAUGGUCCAUAAAAAGGACCUGAUAGCAGGACACAUAUGCCACCAGUAACCCAGUUUUGUUUAUUAUUUUGGUUUUUCACGUUCAUCCCAUGUUGUCAGGUGUCAUACUGGGAAAAGAAUGGCAGCAGCGUUGUCUAAGCACUUUGUGUUCUGUACCUCAUAAGCCUAAACAUUAACUCCAAUUUGGAUAAACAAUAAAUAAAUUCAGUUCAAAUCAU